CCCGGUGCCCUUCGCUCACCAGCUCUCCACCAAGAGCUAAUUAUUGUUGUUGUGUCCUCUACCCGCAUUUGUUGUUAUUUAUUAUCAUUGUUCAUCAUACAUUUAUUGCAAAAAAAAAAUUUGCAAAGAAACCCUCCAAUUUUUCCUUUCUCCGAUUCUCCUUCUCCUCCAUCUUCUUCUCCGACUCAUCUUGAAUCUUUAAAAAAAAAAAAAAGAUCGAGGUGCGGAGGUCGACGAUGGUGAAGCCCGCGGGGGCGACGCCGCGGCGGAGGCUCUGGAACUCGAAUCUGGACCUGGUGGUGCCGCGGUUCCACACCCCGAGCGUCUACUUCUACCGGCGCGGCGGCGGCGGCUGCGAGGCGGAGGGGGCAGGGGCGGGGUCGGAGGCGGUGGGGUUCUUCGAGGCGGAGAGGAUGCGGGCGGCGCUGGCGCAGGCGCUGGUGGAGCUCUACCCGAUGGCGGGGCGGCUGGCGCGCGACGAGGACGGGCGCGUGGAGAUCGACUGCAACGGCGAGGGCGUGCUCUUCGUCGAGGCCGACGCCCCCGACGCCGCCGUCGACGACUUCGGCGACUUCGCCCCCACCAUGGAGCUCGCCCGCCUCGUCCCCAAGGUCGACUACACCGACGAAUCCUCCUUCCCCCUCCUCGUCCUCCAGGUGACUUAUUUUAAGUGCGGCGGUGUCGCCCUCGGGGUGGGGGUGCAGCACCACGCGGCGGAUGGCUUCUCGGCGCUCCGCGUCAUCAACUCAUGGGCAGACCUCACCCGCGGCGCACCCAUCACCUUCCGCCCCUACAUCGACCGCACGCUGCUCCGCGCCCGCGACCCCCCCACCCCCAAAUUCCCCCACAUCGAGUACCAGCCCCCGCCGUCGAUGCCGCAGGCCGUUGUGCCAUCCCCCGCCGAGCCCCCGAAGACCCCUCCGGCCGCCGUCGACAUCUUCAAGCUGCCCCGGGCGACCCUCGACCUCCUCCGCUCCACACUCCCCGCGGGCUCCCCGCGGUUCAGCAGCUACACCCUCCUCGCCGCGCACGUCUGGCGGUGCGCCUGCCUCGCCCGUGGCCUUCCCGCCGAUCAGCUCACCAAGAUGUACAUCGCCACCGACGGGCGCCAGCGCCUGCAGCCACCGCUUCCCGAGGGGUACUUUGGAAACGUGAUCUUCACCGCAACCCCGAUCGCCGCCGCAGGGGACGUGAUCGGGACCGACGAAUCGAAGCUGGCGACCGCAGCGCAGAGGAUACACGCGGCGCUGGCGCGGAUGGACGAUGAGUACGUGCGGUCGGCGCUGGACUACCUGGAGCUGCAGCCGGACCUGUCGGCGCUGGUGCGGGGGGCGCACACGUUCCGGUGCCCGAACAUCGGGCUGACGAGCUGGGUGCGGUUGCCGAUCCACGACGCCGACUUCGGGUGGGGCCGGCCCGUGUUCAUGGGCCCCGGGGGGAUACCCUACGAGGGGCUCGCGUUCGUGCUGCCGAGCGCGAAUGGCGACGGCAGCCUCUCCGUCGCCAUCUCGCUGCAGGCCGAGCAUAUGGAGAAGUUCCGAAAGCUCAUCUUUGAGAUUUGAAAAUUUGAAAAAAAUUUGAAAAAGGGAGGGAAGGGAACUUAGAUGCAAUUUUUAAAACACUUUGUUAUAUUUUUGUUUUUUUGUUUUUUUUUGUUUAUAACUUGAUAUGCUUGUAUGGAUAAAGGACUCUCUAAGGAGUUAAUAUUACAAAGGAUAAUGUUUUUUUUUUUUUUAAUCUGAA